AUGAUAGGCACUUUGAGCAGAUCUAGCAGGUACUUCUCACCUUCCUCCUCCUUCCUUAACCCUGCUUACUCCCCAGUCUGCACCUGUUUCCUCCUGCUCCUCUGUAAAGUUCUUCCUCUUGCUGUCCUCGCUUCUGCGUCUACUGUACCCCCCACCCCCAGUGUCCCACCUCACACAGCUCCACUCUUGGCCCAGACAUCUCCUUGUCCUGUCCAGCCAGGUAGUUGCGCAGAGGCAGCAGCUGCCAGCCACACUCCCCUCAAAAUCAGGUUAAAAUUUUAUGCAGAGGACAGUGAAAACAUUGUGCCUAUGUCUUUGCAGACAAAACCAGGGAGGGGGCUUAUUCCUCAGAGGGGGGGCGGGUCUCAUCAAGAAUUGCACAGCCGUGGCAGAAAUUGCCACACAAAGCCAAAACCCACUUUGAACUCUGAUCCCUUUCGGAAGAGCGAGUUUUGGGCCCUUGCAUACUCUUCCCCCCAUCCCACCCCCAGUUCACCUCCUUAG